UGGAUUUCGUUUGCUGGAGACUUUCGGCGGAGGUGAUUGGUAGAUACAGCGAACGGCGCUCUAUGCGGAAAGUAUGAUCACCUUCUAGUAUAGAGUUUGGUACACGCCAUAAAACAGAAACCUUAUAGUAUUGCUCUGAAAGGAGAAGGAAUUCAAGUUAAGAAUAGGUAUUCUUUCAUCUUGACGGUCUACUAUUAGAUAGACCCACAGUUUCAAACCCCAGGAUCCUAGAUUCCUAGCGUCCGGGGAAGUAUUCUGCAACGGAUACGCACCUGGGCACUUGCCUGAAACAUCCGGACGCCACUGCCACUUCUCAUCUUCACUGAUAGUAGGUACAGCUGCAUGUGGUUAAAAGAUAUAAAUCCGCAUAGGUGCGUAUCAUACCUUUAAACAGAAUAUAACAAACACCACUCUUCUCUAACCCGCCUAUAAGGUCCCUGUACCUUCAAGCUAGAUAGAGUCGUACGAAUCAAACCAUCUUAGUUUGCUCACCCCAUCCCAUCGCAUCCUAUCCUGUCCUAUCCUAUCCUAUCUGACCAACCAGGUAUCACACGCAGCACGCAUCACACACCCCCAAACCCAAAAUGCCCACUCUCCCCCCAGACCUGCGCCUCCGCCGCUCCCCGGGGCGCGGACGCGCAGUAAUAGCCACGCGCGCCUUCAGCGCCGGCAGCACGAUCGGUGAAUUCAGCGACCAAGGGCCCUCCGCAACCCCCACCGUCGCCGUGCCGGACAGCCACCACAUAUCCGAGACCUGCAGCCACUGCCUUAAAGUCACCGCCUCGCUGCUAAACAGCCUCAGCUACUCAUCUACCCUCAACCUCGACCCCAACGCAGGCUCUUCUUCCAUCACCACUUCCCCCUCCCCCUCCCCAUCUGCUCCGGUGGUGCCCCGCGGCGCCGUCGCCAGCGUCCGCGCCUGCACGGCAUGCCGAAUAACGUACUACUGCAGCACGGCCUGCCAGCGCGCGUCAUGGGACCUAGUCCACGGGCGCGGCGAGUGCAAGGCGUACAAGCGGGCGCGCAUCCAAGCCGCGAAGGAGGGGUGCCCCGCCGUGCCGCCGACCCCCGUGCGCACGCUUAUGCAAGUACUAUUGCGGCCCGAGAUGCUGGAGGCCGCGUACGAGAUGGAGGGCCACGAGGGGCAGGACCGCACCGCUCCGGGGACGAGCGUCCUCGAGAUGAUGCUGCAGGUGCGCGCCGCGCUCGACUGGCUCGGCCGGUCGACGCGCGACGAGGAGAAUGUGGCUGUGGGCAUGGAUGUUACGUGUAAGCUACAAGUGAACUCGUUCAACCGGAAAGAUGCGGAUUUCGGACAGAGCGGCAUGUACGUCAACCCCGCGUUGGCGAUGGUCAACCACUCGUGUAUCCCGAAUGCGUACGUGUCAUUUACGGGACGGAAGGCCAUCUUGCACGCGUAUCAAGACAUCAAGAAGGGCGAGGAAAUCACGAUUUCUUAUACGGAGCAUGACUGUUCUCGCCCGCAACGCCAGCAUCACUUGAAGACGCACUAUUAUUUUGAUUGCGAGUGUCUUCGAUGUAAGGAGGAUUUGGACGUCUACCAAGUCUGCCAGAUGUAUCCGAAUCUGGAACUGAACUCGUUUAGUAUUAUGCGCGAUAUCGACAAGCUACGGAACCCUCCCGUCAAGCAGUUCCUAAACUCGAGCAAAGCUCUGCAACGAAAUAUCGAAGAGAUAUAUCCGAUUUGUAUGGCCGAGUUGCAAAUACCGGAUGCGACGGCGAUGCGCAAACAACUGCGUCAACGCUGGAAGCUGUGCGCGCAGCUUCGAAAUGCGGGACUAUAUGCUAUAGAGCCAUUGAACCGGGUGCUACGUGAUGCCGGCCUCUAUUUCGUGAUAAAAGGCAAAUUUGCCCACGCUUUCGCCAUCGAGUGCUUCCGUGCCUUGAACAGCGAACCGUACAUAGCGCCCGCGCCGUUCUUUGCAACGAGGGUGCAGCGCAUGUUCAUGAUGACGAAAAUAUUGACUUCGGGUCCAUUUUCUGCUUCGACUGAAGGCAGCAGUGGAGAACUUGCAACUAAGAUUUCCCGGUUUUCGAAUAAGAUAGAUCAGCCUACUAUGUGUCAGAUGCUCUUGCUAGGAGUCAUCUAUCAUUGCCCGGCGGCUAAAUCCGACGAGUGGCAGCUACGCUACCAAGCACUGGAUAUGUUGGAUGAUCUUAAAUCCCUAGCCGGUCGAGAAACCGAGAACGCGUUAGUCGAUACUUUCACCAAGAAUCCGAACGACCCAGAACAAAGACGUUUCUUCAACACCACGGUUCUCGAGCCGAUCGAAGAAGCAGCCGGGUUUGCCUUGGAGAUAAUAAAUGCUGAAUUCGGCGCAUAAGUAAUAGUUCACAAAACUUCGUUGACAAGAGAUAGAAUCUUAGUCAUUUGAGCCUGUGUUCUGUG